AUGGAAAUUUCUACUAUAGUGAUCUUUUCCGUAAUCUUUUUCCUCGAAGGAGUGUUCAUCCUCGCGGGAAACAUUUUUUCCAUCUUUGCUUUCUGGAAACAUCGCGCUGAACUGAAAAGAACUUCAUAUCUCCUGGUAAAUUUGGCUGUCGCUGAUCUCUUAGUUACAGUCGACAUUUCAUUUCUCGUCGGCAGCGGAAUAAAAUAUCUCACCACAAAGAGAGUAAUUCAGGAAGAUUGGUUGUUUAUCAUGAUCUUUACUUUGGACGCCUUUUUCGGGAUGGCCUCGCUGCUUAGUUUACUAGUAGUAGCCUUGGAGCGUCUCUAUGCAGUUCGCUGGCCUUUCCGUCACCGUAUAUUAAACACUAGAAGUUAUAUCGUCACUAUUUUAUUUAUAUGGCUAACUGCGGCAGGUUGUGUUUUUUUAUACCACGAGACAAUCUAUAACUAUUUCCAGCUAGGGGUUGCUUGUCCCUUAACAUUAGUCCUAAUAGCUGUUUCUGCGUUGGUUAUCAUCAUUGCGGCAUACAUGUUCAUCUGUAGGCAAACACGUCGGAAUAAUCCCGAAGGUUUCAACGACAGACGAGACCAGCAGAACAAAAAAUUGACGAAGACUUUGUGUAUUGUAACAGGACUAUCAAUCAUAUGUUGGCUGCCGGGAAUUGUCCUAUCGAUUUGCACUUAUUUCACUGACGAUGUGAUGACAACCCACAUUAGUGGACUUAGAGCUAUCCUACUUGCGAAAAUGUUUCAAUAUUUAAAUUCUGUUGUAGACCCGAUCGUCUACGCAUUUCGAAUGCCACUGAUUAAGAGGAAAAUCGUGGAAAUAUUUUCUAAAAUCUCGCCCAAGAAGAAACGAAGUCAUGAUACAAGUCGUGCAAAAGAGUUAGAUGCAACAGCUCAUAGGAAAAAAAAAGAAGUAACUUUACAGAAGUUUGAGACAAGACUGUAA